AUGUUGUCGCAAUCAAAACUCCUCCUUCUCCGCCGCCGUCACUGGAGGCUUCCGUCCACGUUUUCCUCGCGGCUGCGCUGCCACACCGAUUCACCUUCUCCUUCUUUGCCAAACGAUGCCGAAUCGACGGUGACCCAAGUCGUGGAACAUCUUCAAAACCCAUGGAAUCAUUGGGACUACGAUAAACUUCGUCCCUUUCUCUUCGACGACUCACACCAUCUCCCUCAUAUCACUCGUUGCUUAAACUCCAUUCCCAAAGCCCUCGAUUUUCUUAAUUACCUCAGAGACAGAACAGAGCACCACCAAGCCCUCUCUUUAGUGUUCGAGGGCGCUCUCGAACUUGCGAAGCGGCACCCUAAUUCGCAAAAAAAUCUUAUCAUGCUUCAUAGUUACCGAAAAACCAAUGGUGGUAACAUUGCUCUCACUUCCAAAUCUGCUUGCCUACUAUUGCAGUGCUUAGGGAAGGCCCAAAUGGUGGAUGAUUCGCUUCUUCUGUUCAAGGAGCUCGACUGUUCUUCCAAAAAUUCUCGAAUUUGCAAUGAGUUGCUGAAGGGAUUGUUCAAAUCUGGUCGAACUGAUUAUGCGCUCCACGUGCUUGACGAAAUGCUUGAACGGGAUUCUGAUUUUUCUCCCGAUGAUUUCACGAGUGAAGUUGUUUUUGGGGAGUUGGGGAAGUGGGAGCACCACGGAAGAAGCUUUGCUGAUGAGGAAAUUGUGGGUUUGGUUACCAAGCUGUGUGAGCAUGGGGUUUUCCCUGAUGCGUUUAAGCUUACCCAAAUUAUAGCCAAACUGUGUCGGCACAGGAAGAAUGGUCACGCGUGGGAGCUUUUGCACGUUGUGAUGAGAUUUGGUGGUGCUGUUGCGGUUGAAGCUGCGUCCUGCAAUGCUCUUUUAUCUGGGUUGGGAAGGGAGAGGGACAUUCAGAGGAUGAAUAAGCUGAUGGCAGAGAUGGAAGAGAUGAGGAUAAAGCCCAAUCUUGUGACCUUUGGGAUUCUUGUUAAUUAUUUGUGCAAAACUAGGAGGAUUGAUGCGGCAUUGGAGGUGUUUGAUAAGUUGAGAGGCAAAAGAGAAGGUAAUUGGGUUGGUGUUGAACCUGAUGUGGUCUUGUUUAAUACAUUAAUCGAUGGGCUUUGUAAAGCCGGGAGGGAGGAGCAUGGUUUGAAUUUGUUACAAGAGAUGAAAACAAAGAAGCAUUGUAGGCCAAAUGCUAUUACAUAUAAUUGCUUGAUUGAUGGGUUCUGCAAAGCUGGUAAAAUUGGUAAGGCUCGCGAGCUAUAUAGUCAGAUGAUCGAGGAAGGAGUUGAACCGAGUAUGGUCACCCUCAAUACAUUGGUUAACGGUUUGUGCAAACAUGGAAAGGUCAACAACGCAAUUGAGUUUUUCAACGAGAUGAAAGGAAAGGGGUUGAAGGGAAAUGCUGUUACUUAUACUGCGCUUAUAUCUGCCUUCUGUGGUGUGAAUAAUAUUGAUAAAGCCAUGCAAUAUUUUGAUGAGAUGUUGAGUUCUGGAUGCUCUCCAGAUGCAAUUGUUUAUUAUAGUUUGAUAUCUGGUUUAAGCACUGCAGGAAGGAUGGAUGAUGCCAGUGUAGUUGUGUCAAGGUUGAAGCAGGCAGGGUUUGGUCUUGAUGUAGCCUGCUAUAAUGUCCUGAUCAGUGGAUUCUGUAAGAAGAAGAAGCUGGAAAGAGUUUAUGAAAUGCUUGAUGAAAUGGAAAAAACUGGGUUUAAGCCUGAUAUUGUCACCUAUAACACUUUGGUUUCCUACCUAGGUAAAAUUGGAGAUUUUGCAACUGCCAGCAAGGUGAUGAAAAGGAUGAUUCUAGAGGGUCUUGAGCCUUCUGUUGUCACGUAUGGAGCAAUUAUACAUGCAUAUUGUUUAAAGGAGAAUGUUGACGAGGCCAUGAAAAUAUUUGAGGAAAUGUGUUCUAAAUCUAAGGUUCCUCCGAAUAAUGUGAUUUACAACAUCUUGAUAAAUGCUCUGUGCAAGAAUAGCAAUGUAGAAAGGGCUGUUUCUUUGAUGGAUGACAUGAAAUUAAAGGGAGUUCGACCCAAUACAACAACCUAUAAUGCUAUUUUCAAGGGAGUUCGGGAUAAGAAAAUGCUGCAAAAGGCAUUUGAACUUAUGGACAGAAUGAUUGAUGACGCAUGCAGUCCUGACUAUAUAACCAUGGAGAUUCUUACUGAAUGGUUUGAUGCGGUUGGUGAAAUAGAAAAACUGAAACGUUUUGUUGAAGGGUAUCCGGUGUCCUCUCCUUCAGCAUCAACGCCAACUUCAAUUUGUUUCUAG